AUGGGGACCCGCGCAACAAUCUUCGUGGACCCGGCUAUAUUCGAGCGAAAAUGUGUUGGCCAUGUCCUGUGUAUCAUUGGCCAAGAGGGCACCCAGAUCUGCGGCAUCGCGGAGUUGGAGAUCCCCGGAGUUAAGGUUAGACUCUGCCACCAUGAGUGCUGUACUCACGGAGCGGUUGCUGGGAGUUGCCGUGAAGUCCGUGACAGAGCCGUUCACGGCAGUGUAUUUGACAUCGUACACGGUGGUAUUGCAGAAGAAAAGAUAGCCGACGCCACCGAACUCCUGCGCGAUGACCCCCGGGUCAUUACGCUGGAUGAGCUGGAGGGCAGCAGCGGAGGAAGGGUCUGUGAAUCCUCCAAAUCCGAUGUAGAAUGGGUUGCUGAUUGUUUCAUCCGACGAUGUGGCGUUUUGGGUGCCGGUGGCGUCGGUAAAAUAAUGCUUGGAGAAGUCCUCGCGGGGGCCAUUCACUAA